AUGGCCUCACUCUUAACUACUAAGGUGCCCUGGCACCAAGGCGAGGAGAAACUCCACCACCUACUCAAAGCCCCUCACGGUAACAACCCGACUAUCCCGUACUUAAGUCCUCCUGCAGCAUUCCUAGUCCAACAGUGUCCAUUAAUUGCCUUGGGAGCACUGGAUUCGCAAGGCCGGCCCUGGUCAACCUUAUGGGGCGGCACAGCAGGCUUCGCAAAUCCAGCCCCCGAAUCUCAAAUCAAGCUCCAGACACCGGUGGACAGCAAAUACGACCCCGUUGUCCAGGCACUAUGGGUCGACCAACACACUGACAAAUACAGAGGGAGAAUGGUUUCCGCACUGGCAAUUGAUCUAGAGAAGCGACGGCGAGUGAAGCUCUACGGCACAAUGGUGGGAGGCUCGCUGUCUGAUGGAGACACGGGCCAUGCACAAUUGGUUGUGCAUAUCGACGAGAGCCUUGGGAACUGUCCCAAAUACAUGAACAAAAAGCAUAUUGUGCCCGUGCCACUUAAGCCCAAGCUUGUCUCUGACUCGCCGCAGUUGGGCCCCGAGGCACUGGAACUCCUCGCUCGCGCGGAUACCAUGUUUUUAUCCUCGUCUCAUGGAGCAAUGACGAUGGAUACGAAUAUCCGAGGUGGUCCAGCGGGAUUCAUCCGUGUUGCGUCCAAUGAUGUUGGCGGUGCUGUUCUCGUCUAUCCCGAGUACUCGGGGAAUAGACUGUAUCAAACGCUGGGGAACCUACAAACCACCCCGCGGGCUGGUUAUGUUGUUCCCGAUUUCGUCAGCGGGAACGUUUUGUACUUCACCGGCUCCACAGAGAUACUAGUUGGGAAAGAUGCAGCUGCAGUCAUACCGAGGUCAAAUCUCGCCGUGCGAGUCACCAUUGCCGCCGCCAUCUUCGUGGAAAACGGCCUGGGCUUCCACGGUGAGGCAGGGGAGCCAUCUCCCUACAACCCCGACGUCCGGUAUCUCAUCAACGAGAAACAGAUCCCUGGCACCGAAAAGGACAAUACAGAUGCAACAGCAACGCUCAUCAAAAAGGAAAUCAUCACCCCAUCUAUCAACCGCUACCGGCUCCGCAUCUCCAGCCGCAACCCAGCUUCGUGGAGUGCAGGACAAUACGCCACGCUAUCCUUCCAGGACGAGCUUGACAUGGGCUACAGCCACAUGCGAGAGGACGAUCCAACCAGUCUAAACGAUGACUUCGUACGAACAUUUACUGUAUCCUCGUACCCUGGUCGCGAUAUGCCAGACAACGAAUUUGAAAUAAUGGUCCGGCGCAACGGUCCCGUCACUAGAUAUCUCUCUCAAGUUUACGAGAAGGCCGGUCUGGAGGUGCCGCUGAAGGGUUUCGGUGGGAGUUUCCAUAUAUCCACUGAAAAGGCCGUUGCUCCCUACGUGGCAGGCGGUAUUGGCAUUACACCUCUUCUUGCACAGCUCCCGGACUUGGAUAUCUCCCGGCUGCGGUUAUUCUGGUCGGUCUCGAUGGCUGAUUUGGGGGUUGUGCGUGAUACCUUCCAGCGGUGGCCUCAGUUGCCCCGGUCAACGACUUUAUUUAUCACCCGGGAAGUGGAGCUUGAUGGAGAUGAUCGGCGGAUGUGGGACGAAAUUCUGUCAUCCGGGGCGAAAAUCGUCCAGAGACGGAUGCAAGCCGAAGAUUUGGAGCUUGAGCUGGCAGAUGUUUGGUAUCUCUGUGCUGGUGUGACAUUGAAAAGGAUGGUUGUGGAUUGGCUUGUAGGGAAGACGGUGGUGUAUGAGGAAUUCAAUUAUUGA